AUGUGCUCGUUGAUUUUCACGUUUAUGACAUCUGUUUUUUCAGUGGCAGCCGAUAGAAAUGAUAUUUUCGUAUCGAAAGGCAAAUCGUGGAUCGCCGAUGAGAAUUUCACAGAAAUCAUCAAGUCGUCGUUUGCUUCUUCCAGAUGUUGCAACGUUUUCUUGAUCGAUUCGACGGAAGAUUCGAAUGCAGUGUUCGAUCAAUUUAAAAGCAUCUAUCCGUACGAUUACCUCUUGGAAACGAGCAUGCACGAAUGCCAGGGAUUCUUUUUCCUCGGAUCGAGUGACGACGAUAUCAUGGAGUCUAUAAAAAAAAAGUUCCAUACACUUUUUAAUAGAAAUAUCAUUCUUCUCCGUCGUAGAAUACCUUUGCUACAGUGGAGUAUGGAAAUUCUGAUCGUGGUGAACAAUAAUGUUUCAAGUGAUUCUUCUUUAUUUAACAAUUCUGCAUACGGAAUCGCAAAUAUAAAUAUUGCCUCUAUGUCCGGAAUGUGGAAGCUAUCGGCGAACUAUUUAAGACCGCGAGUCUUUACUAAAAUUAACAGAUAGACAUGGCAUUCGCCAGCAUUUGGCUAACGCUGGAUCAAUACAGAUUUGCGAACCUAUCCGAAUCAUGGUAUCAGAUAUACAUACACUUUUUGGUGCCACGUCCUCAUCGAACCACGAGCUUCUGGGCGCUCAAUAGGCCAUUCUCGGAUGAAAUUUGGUUCUUGCUCUUAUCUGCAUUGCUCUUACAUGCUCUUUAUACCUACAUCCAUGCUUGGAUCGAUCCGAAAUUUCCAAGGCAAUAUCGGAAUUUCUUAAUUGCCCUGACCGACCUAAUCGGUUAUUUCAUAAGCAGCUCGGUGCCAAGAACUACGCGAAAGAAGACCAACAAACUGCAGAUUCUUCUCUGGCAGACCGCAGGCUGGUUAAUAAUUACAGCUUAUUCCAGUAGUCUCGCGGCGAGACUUGCGAGUUCCGAGUACGAGAGCAGAAUCCACAUUCAAUGAAACUACGGAACAGAUUUCAUUAUAUAAAGAAAAACACGCAAUUGAAGCAGUUGAUUCGGCGAGGUAAUUACGCAAUUCUGGGGAAAGUAAUGGAUGACAGUUUUGUUCCAAUGGAUACCAUAUCAAACGAAGAUUUGAAGGUAUCUAGAAAGCUAGUAUUUGAUAUAUCUAUUCAACGAUUAUAUUAA